AUGGCUUUUGUUAAGAUCUACAACGACGACGGAGACGACAACGGCAACGACGACAACGACUUCAACGGAAUUGGCAUUAUUGUUCUGGCGGUGAUGUCGGUGGUUGGUAAAAUAAUUGUGAAUCGGGUUUUGUUCGGGCCCACGAUGAUAGAAGCUGACAGCGAAAUAAUAAAACCGGAGAGUCUAAAGGAGUAUUUGUGGCUUCAAACUUCCGAUGAGUCACUACAGCAUGUAGAGCAAGAAAUUGCCGUGUUUUGUCCAUUCAUAUGUCACGAAAUGCACUCCGGCAUGGGCUCUUCUAAAAAUCACCCCAUCUCUCUCCCCUCACGGGUCAAUCCUGCUAUGUUGAGCCUUAUUCUUGAUUACUGUCGAUUUCAUCAAGUACCUGGACGCUCUAACAAGGAGAGAAAGUCCUUUGAUGAGAAGUUUAUUCGAAUGGGCACCAAAAAACUUUGUGAGUUGACUUCGGCAGCCGAUAGCCUGCAACUGAAACCCUUGGUUGAUCUUACUAGUCGUGCACUUGCACGCGUGAUCGAGGGGAAAACCCCCGAAGAGAUAAGAGAAAUAUUUCAUCUGCCCGAUGAUCUCACAGAGGAAGAAAAGUUGGAGCCUAUAAAAAACACGAUGGAUGAUCCAAGGAUUCGGCUUUUGAAUAGAUUAUAUGCUAGAAAGAGGAAAGAAUUGAAAGAGAGAGAGAAAGAAAAGGAAGUUGAAGAGGACCACGCGGAUGAGCGUUCAGUUGAUGAUCUCUUGUCAUUUAUUAAUGGCGGAAAUGAAGAUCCUAAGGCAGCUCGAACUUCUAAACCAAAAAAGAAGAAUCGCAAAAGAAAAGCAUCAAAAGAUUUGCUUUCUUCUUCAAGAAAUGCUGUAAACAUGAACAAGAAAGGUGACGAUUAUUUUGCUUCUCUGUCAAUGUUUCCACAGGAAUCAAACGAGUCGGAAACUGUAUGCAGCGAACUUUGCAAUGCCACAAAAUCGUUAGACAUCGAAGAUGACGGGAUUGCCCCUGAUGAAGAUGAAUUUGACGAUUCUGAUAUAGACGACGAUAUUGACCCCGCUUUGAAAGAAAAAAUCGAUAGGGAAGUGGAAGACUUUGCCAGACGACUAAACUCGGAUUGGCCUGAAAGAAUGCAAGAAAUUCUGUUUCUUGGUCAAGAGAGAAGACCAUUGCAGUUGACCAAUAAUGGAAACGGCUCCAUGAGGAUAUUUACAGGUGUUGAUCAACACCGGAAUUGAUUUUUCCGGAGGCAACCCCAUAAACUUAAAAAACGGUGGCUCGGCAGAUAAAAUUUGUUCGACCACUGGUUGGUUACAAUGUCCGAUUCAGAGUUGGGACGACGUACAUCGGUGUGGAUUCACAUUAAAGUUUAUUGGUAACCUUUUUUUUUUUGACUUAUUUAGAAAUGUAGUUUUGAUGUUGUUAGCUGCCUUUGUUUUACAGAAACAACAAAUAUUGGAGAAAGAAUAAUGUGUUUUUGAAGUCCUAUACUCCAAUAUGAGCAAAUUUUUGCCUA